UCGUCGCGUCACCUUUGAAUCACGCACUCCUCGCUCUCGAUUGUUGACGAUCCGGUUCGGCCGGUCCGGUACGUAGGUCCGGUGUUUGGAAGUUUGAUUUCGUUGUUUCGGAAGCGAAAACCGGCGGUUCUCUUUGUUUUGCGGGGGGCGGAAGCAGCAGCAGCAGCAGCACGUGAUACAUCCCCAACGAUCCAAAUUCCUCGAUUUGUUGUUGUCGAUUUGUUGUUGUUGUUGUUGUGUAAACUGUUACUGCGUGUCUACUGUGAUGCAGCGAGUGACUAAUCUUAUUCCGCUGUAAUGUGGAGAAUGUAAAUGUGUCCACAAACGGGAAAUGCCGCGUGAUCGUGUGUAAAGGCGAAUGGAGUGGGAUGGUGUUGCCGUGUGACUUGUAUGCUGCAGCAGAAUAGAAACCUGACCGGUGAGCGGGAAGAACACAAGAAGAACAACGAAGAGCGCUUGUCAACACGAUAAAGAUCAACAAUCACGCACUUCACGGUGUCUGUGUGGGUGAGUGUGUGCUAGUGGAGCAUCCGAUUAUCGUAUUACGCCAGCUGAUAGCGGGAGGGAAGUCCGUCGGAACCGUACCUCCCAUCUAAGACCACGCGAAACAAGUGAUUUCAAUGGUGGGGUGCAAACGAACCCGUCUGAGAAGUGAGUGAAAAUGUGGAUUUACGUCAAGGAAUAAAGUGCAAGGGGUCACUACGACUAGCGUCUGCGACUAUUCCCAAAGUGCACCAUCAAAGUACCUUCGCAUAUGCGUCCAAACACAACCAGUCUAGUGGGCUGAUGGUGGUUUCUUGGAAACGAAACAAAGUGACCCGGGAAAUAGUUGUCCGUACCGAAUAGCUGCUUCUGCUUCGAAUUAGCCAUCCAUCCACAACACCCAACGCAUCUGCCAGCGAGGAUCCAUUAAACGAUUUCCCUUCGCGGCAGCCCCAAGUGCACAGAGCGGUUCGUUGAUGUGUUUUCUGGCGGUGCUCCCUCCCAAGAUGAAUCAACAAUGUAAAGUAUGCGGAGAACCAGCUGCAGGAUUUCAUUUCGGUGCAUUUACAUGUGAAGGUUGCAAGUCAUUCUUCGGCCGGACCUACAACAAUUUGUCGUCGAUUUCGGAAUGCAAGAACAAUGGCGAGUGUGUCAUCAACAAGAAGAACCGAACCGCUUGCAAGGCCUGCCGGCUACGCAAGUGUCUCGUGGUGGGCAUGUCGAAAAGUGGCUCACGGUACGGUCGACGAUCGAACUGGUUCAAGAUACACUGCUUGCUCCAGGAACAGCAACACCAGCAUCAACAGCACCAGCAGCAGCAGCAGCAACAAGAGAAAAGUUCCCCUGGCCAUAGCAAUCCCUCGAGCAACACCAAUACUAACAAUGCUUCACACUGUAGUAGCGGUAGCAAUAACAACAACAACAACAACACCAGCACUAGUACGAUCAGCAAUGGCACUAGCAACGAGAACAGCAACAACAGCACCACCGGCUCCCCGGGCCUCUCGAUCUCGAACGGAUUCCACUCCACGGCCAGCUUUCUGUCAACUCUCUGUACCAACAACAAUAACAACAAUAACAACAUCAACAUCAACAACAAUAAUAACAACAACAACAACAACAAGAUAAAUAAUAAUAAUAUCCCGGUGAAGAAGGGACUGAAGCGGCCAAGCACACCGAGCGAUUCCGGAGCGUCUUCGGCGGAUCCGGAUGAAGGGGGUGGUGGUGGCGGAGGCGGAGGGGGAGGACCAGGUGGGGUGCCGAGUGCGUUCGUGGCCACCGGUGUUGAGGUGGGGCGUCUCACCGAUCGUCCAGACCAGAUCGUCAGCGGUCUGCCGUUGAAGUUGCCACCCAAGUUGCCCCGAACACCGCCCAUCCACUCUGCCACCCUGCAGUCCCUGUCCGAUACGUACCGGCCACUGCUCCUGGGGGACCGUAUGUCCCCGUUUCUGCCAACCAUGCCAUUCGGACGAUCGGACGGCAGUACGUCCGGAGCGGCGGCCGCGGCAGCAGCAGCAGCAGCAGCAGCAGCGUCCUUCUUCCCCGUACCAUUCUCACUUCCACCGGUGGCGGUCUCGUUGGAGAUGCUGGCGGCGUCCACCGGUCAUGCGGUCUCACCGGGGGCCUCAUUGUCGAUGCCGGGGGUGGGCUGUCGGCGCGAUGAGCAGAGUGAACCGAUCGACCUGUCCAUGAAGUCUAAGUCAUCGUCCAGAUCGUCGUCUGAGUCACCGCGCCACCGGAUAGACAGUAGCUCGCCCCUGCUCGCCGACGCUAGCCACGAUUCCGCCCGCAGCCAGCACCUAGCGCUGCUGACACCGAUGGCCACCAAAACAGUUCCUCUCGAUCUGUCCACCUUUGUGCGAAGCAAAGCCUUGUCCGGGUGAAAAGAGCACUUUUACUCUAACACAGUUUAGGAUCGCGCGUAAUCGCACCCUCGCAAGUGGACAAGACAAACGUCUUUGAUUGUAUGUGUCGUGUUAAGUUGUGUCGUGUUGUGAAUUGGCUCGUGUAGGCCGCGUGCUGAGAACGAGCUAGCCAGUAAAAAACAAAAGGGACACUUUUGCCAGUCGUGUUAGAACGGAAGGAGCACUAAACACGGGGGAACUACUACACGCGAGUGUGUUAUCAAAAUGAUUGCAGUGAAUCAAUGUGUUCAUGCACGUCAUCCCGUCAACUCAGCUGCCACAGUUAUUGGAAUCGUUAGGGUGCACGUCGCGGAGCACUUGCACGCCGGAGGAAUGCAUUGCGAGGAGCUUAGCUUAGGGUAAAGAAGGUGAUUCCGCUGGUAGAGUGUUGCUCUCUCUCCUCUUGGUGCCAGAUAACAAACAGUGUACAAAUCCGAAGCUGACGCGAAUGAUCUGAGGCGCGGACUGCAGGUAGCAUUCGUUUGCUUAUCAUCGAACCAUCCUUUCCGAUUAGGUCGCGAGGUUACACCCAUUACACCGUUGCGUACUUGGAUUAAUUUAUUUAUUAGCGGAAGUGAGCACUGAUCCGCAUACCCGCUGUCGUCAGUUGUUCUUGAAAGCUAAGCAGGUGUAGACGCAAAUGUAAUGAUCGUUUUCAUCGAAAUUCCUAUCUCUCUUUCCGUUCUGUACCGCCGAACCUAUGCCACCGACAAUUGAGGGCGUGACUGUAAAUAGAAAUGUUUGUUUUUUAACUAUGUUUAUUAUAAUUUGUACUGAACGAAAUCUAUUUAUAAUAUA